ACAGUUUUGUAGGCUUUGGCGAGGAUAAUUUAUAAAAAAGUGGAAUGGACUUAGAAGUCAAUGACCAGUUAGAGUAUCCUAUGCAACCGGCAGGAAUGUUAUUCACUCCGAUGUCAAGACUCUUCUUUGAAACCUAUCUGCAUGAAGGUGAAAAAAUGAAGUUAAUAUUUCCCAAAACCAACAACUUGGCAAAAUUCCUACCUCGCUAAGUUUCAGAAUCCAUUCCUUUUCUCAACUACAAAGCUACCGGAGAUCUGACCCACUUCUCUAUCAAACCUGAAUCCUUGGAAGCAAAAGCAAUGGAAGACUCACUCAAGUUGUGUGAGGCACCAGCCAUAAAAUGUGAAGACGAGUACUGUGCAACCUCAUUAGAAUCCCUAGUUGAUUUUGGAGUUUCAAAGCUAGGGAACAAGAUAGAGAUUUUCACGACCGGGAUACAGGAAGAAGAGCCACAAAGAUAUACCAUAGGAAGAGGAACACAGAGGAUUGGAGACAAGUCAGUAGCGUGCCACAAGCUGAACUAUGUUUAUGCGGUGUUCUACUGCCAUGACAUCCAGGACACAAAGGCUUAUAGGGUUCCACUGAAGAUGCAGCAUCAGCAAGAAGAUGAUGUUGCAAUUGCUGUUUGUCACUCUGAUACAUCAUCUUGGAACCCUAAACAUGCAGCCUUUCAGCAGCUUAAAGUGAAGCCCGGAACUGUCCCUAUCUGCCAUUUCCUUUGCAGUGACACCCUUUUCUUGGUUAACAAGUUAUUGGAACUAAAAUGAUCAAGAUGUUAUUGAAAACAAGCUUGAUAUGUACUAUUGGGCUUACUUCCUACUAGCUAUAGCUCUUGGAAUAGAUAGUGAUUUAACAUGGUAUCAAAGGCUUGUGAUCAAGAGAUUUUGUGUUUGAUCCUUGUUGGCCCAUUUGAAUUUCUAUGUGUUGAAUUGUUACUUGCAUUAUUUGGCACGUGUAAGGUCUUGUUUCUUUCCUCUUUAUUAAUGGGUUUAUUUGAAAAUAAAUUUGAUAUACAUCGUUGAGAGGUCUUGUAUUCGAUUCUUGGUAUCCCAUUUGAAUUUGUAUUUGUAUUGAAUUGUUGUGUGCAUUAUUUAGCAUAUGUAAAAGCCCAAUUUCUAUCUUAUUAUGUGUGUCCAAUCUCUUUCUUCUUGAUAAUGGACUUACACAUGAGAAUGUAUAUUAAAAAUAAGUUUGAUAUACAUUAUUGGACUCACUUACUAUUAGCU